AUGGAGACGCCGUUCCUGCCACAGGAGGUGGUGGUGUCACAGAUCCUGGCCCGGCUGCCCGUCAUGUCGCUGCUGCGCUUCAGAUGCGUCUGCAAGGCAUGGCGUCACGCCAUCGACGACGAUGCUUUCUUCCACCGCGCGCACAUCCGUCUCCAGAAGUACCCGUCCGUGAUCAUCGCGCUUAAGAUGAUGAAAGAGGGCGGUGUUUUCGUGGAUGAGGGCGGACACCCUUUCUUCAAAGACCACGAGGUCAUCACCGCCGGUCUGUACCGGUGGGAUCACGAGAACCUGCGUGAAGGCGCCAUGGCCACCACCCUCGUAGGUGCAAUCUAUCUGCACCACUCGUUCCCAAGGAGAGAUUACGUGCUGCCCGACCUCGCGCACUGCGACGGGCUGCUGCUGAUGCCUGCCGAUGCCACCGCCCGCGUCCUCAACCUGGCCACACACCGUGCCAUCGAACUUCCCUCGUUCCCUAACGUCGAGGACGCGCGACCCGAGCUCCCCUACAGCUUCCGUUAUCGAGGCCACCAGACGUUCGGCCUUGGCUUCGACCCUCGCUCCAAUACCUACAAGGUCGCACGCUUCUUCUACCGCUCGAUCGAUCCCACCAUCAGCCUAGGGAUGGAGGUGUGCACCAUAGGAAGGGAUCAACCGCAAUACUGGCGUGAGACGGCUGAGCCACCACCAUACCCUAUCAGGCCAGCGCGAGCGGCGACCUUCUUCAAAGGCUCUUUGCUCUGGACCAUCGAGGAGUCGCUCCUUGUCGACGACGACGUCCCGGGUUUCGUACGCUUGAGGCUGGAGGAUGAGUCCUUCAGCGUCAUACCGCUGCCUCCUUGCUGUCCGAGGAUCCACUACGCGACGUCCAGCUUGGCUGAGCUGCGCGGAGAGCUGUGCUUGUGCGUGGUUUUACCUGCAGCUGCAGCAGGAUCACGGGAUGGGUCGCUGGAGAUGUGGGUGUGCAGUGACGACCUCGACAGUGAGCAGCCACGAUGGCAUCGCCGACAUGUCCUUACCGGGGCACCACUGUGCUCCCAUCGACUUAUUGGUGUGUUUGAUGAGGAGAUAGUGUUCGAACUAGAAUCUGGCUAUCUCUCGCGGUUCAGUCGCCCACGAGGUGUCCACAAAGACUAUCUUAGGCCGAACGACAUGAGUCUCUACGGCCUACUUCUCUUUGGCUUGUUCCGGCUGCCGCCUCUCUUCGGCCGCCGCCUCUCCCCGGCCGCUGCUCCGCCCGCCGUCUCCCCGGCCGCCGCCUCUCCCAGGCCGCUGCUCCGCUGCCGGCCAGCCUCUCCCCCCGUCGGCCAGCUGCUCCCCCACCGCCCCUCUUCUUCCCGGCCGCCGCCUCUCCCCGACCGCUACUCCGCCCGCCGCCUCUCCCCGGCCGGAUCUCCCCGCCGGCCAGCUGCUCCCCCGCCGGCCAGCCUCUCUCCCGCCGGCCAGCCGCUCCCCCGCCGGCCCCUCUCCUUCCCUCGUCCGCUCGUCCCCGCUCUGUUUCCGUCAGGUUGA